AUGCCCACUAUCCGCACACCAACUGCUUGGGGAGUUGUGCGAAUUACGUUUUUCGUGGUUCACACCGCUUCGUCUGCUCAAAAGCUUCGAAAAUGGAGAUACAAUUACAUGGUAUUUGUCCAUGAAAUAUUAAUGGUUUGUGAAAUUAAUGCUUAUCAGACUGCAUCGAGAUCGAAAAAGUGCAAGAAUCUUGGAAGCGGCUCGCCUCUCGUUCCUCACUCGUGUUGUGAGAACCUUGGGAAGCUGAGCAAAGAUGAUGGCAGGUCGCGUCGUGUUGGUAGUGUUGGCGCAGUGGUGGCAGCGGCGUUGGCAGAGGCCAGCUACCCCCGCCCCCAACCAGCCCCCUGCUACCCUAAGGUCAAAUACGUGACCCAGUACCAGACUCAGGUCCAGCAGGUCCCAGUCUACAGCACCGUCUACAAGACCCAGGUCGUCCCAACCACUCUCUACCAGACCCAGUACCAAACCCAGUACCAGACACAGUACGAAACCGAAUACGUGCCGAGGUACGUCACCCAGACGGUCUACAAGACGCAGGUGCAGUACCAGACCCAGACCCAAGUCCAGUACAAGACCCAGUACCAACCCCAGUACAUCACCACCACAGCUUACAUUCCCAGCUACGUCACCCAGACCGCGUACCAGACCGUAUACAAGACCCAAAUCCAGUACCAAACCCAGUACAAGACCCAGGUGGUACCCCAGUACGUCACCAAGACCGAAGUCCAGUACCAGACCCAGUACCAGACCCAAGUCGUUCCCCAGUACCACACCGUCACCCAAACCCAGCAGUCCUACGUGACCAAGUGCCCCAAGCCCGCCUAUGGGUAUUAAACGGAGAAAGAGACGGUCGUGGAAAUUGCGAUGUAAAUAAAUCGGUGGUAAUUUAA